CGCUGAAGAUUUUCCAUGACACUGUGCUGGUGCUGGAGCGAGAAGAUGGAACUGUCUGUGAGCUCUACGAUAUGAUGUUCACCCUAAAAACCAAGCUACAGCAACGACAGAGUGAUGGUUUCUUUGGGGCCCAGACGGGUGUACUCCUCCAGCAGUUUCCAGACAGAUGGGCAGCUGUGCUCAGAGAGGACAUGUGCAACUUCUACCAGUCCUCCCUCACCUACCUGGAGCAGCGCUAUGACUUCUCAGACUCCAACUACCAGAAGAAAUUGGCUAGCCUGGCACUAAAGAAAAGCCCAUUUAACUUCUCCCAUCUCUGUGAAGCUGUAGAGGUCCUGCAGCUAAGCAAGAAGCUGGACAUGGAUGCGCUAUAUGAUGAGUAUUGUGUCGUUCUGCCGCACCAACAGGCCAUCGUGCAGUCUGGAGCUUCAGUUGUGGAGAAGUGGGCCACCUUACUCAAGCACACACACACACCAAACAUGACAGCAUUAGCUUCUUUCCUCUUGAGUGUACCAAUCACCAAUGCUUCAGUGGAGAGGGUCUUUUCACUGAUGACAGGAUGCUGGACGGACACAAGGAACAGAUGUUCGGUAAACCUCAUCAAGUCAGAAAUUCAGGUGAAGAGCAACUUCACAUUCAGUUGCAAGGACUUUUACACUUAUGUAGUGAAAGAGAAGGUUCUCCUCAAAGCUGCACGCUCCAACAAGAAAUACAACUUCAAGAAGAAACCUGAAGAUGCUGGUGAAAAGGUUUGAGUCCUAAAGGUGACCCCAAAGUCCUAAAGGUGACCCCAAAGUCCUAAAGGUGUCCCCAGAACACUGAACAGUUUUUUUUUCUUUCAGCGCCUGCCUUUACCAACAUCCAAGUUCACCAUCCUUCA